AUGGCAGAACAGAGGUGGCUGGUGACACUUGGCAGCUGGCAGACAGCUGGAGGGCUACUCCUACUGCAACUGCUCUUGUGGGAGAAUGUGGCUUGUGUGCCCAGGUGUCUCAUGAAAGAUGGAGGCUGCCAGAAGGUCCUCACCUGGAUGUUUAACGUGACAAGCAACACAUCGGAGACCAUCAACCGCCUCUCUUCAGAAACGUUAAAUGAGUUUGAUGCAAAGUAUGAUCCAAGUCAGAAAUUCCAGAACAGGCCCACCAUGAGCUGCCACACUGCAUGGCGCUCCAUCCCAAACAGCAAAAGGAAAGCUCAAAGGAUGGAGCCUGUGGCCCUUCUGGAUGUGACUAUCAAAAUGUUGGAUGCCUGGAAAAAUCUUCUGUACCAUGUAGAAAACAACAUGGCUAGUCUUGAUGGAACUCCUCAUGAUACCAUAUCAAAAGUUGCAUUGAUUGAUGGUCAACUCAAAAGACUCACGAAAGAUAUGCAGGCCAUUAAGACUAUACUCAGCCAGGUGCAUCCCAAACUUAAGGAAAAUGAGAACUACCCUGCCUGGUCAGGAGAGCCAUAUGUACAGCAAUCAAGAAGAGGAAUUCAACUUUUUGGUUUACAUAGCUUGUUCUUCUGCUUGCACAGUGAUGCACAAAAGGUGUCUGAUUUUGUCAAUAUCCUGAGACAACAAUUUGUGCCAAAUAAAUGAAAAGCUUCCAUCCUUCCUAUAUAUUUCCUGGACAUUUCCUCCUGAUCUAAUCCUUAAAAGAUUCUUUACAUUUUAUAGUGUUUCAAUGUGUGAUUGA